AUUGCUUGUCGGCUUGGUUAACCAGGAACUUCGAGAAGUAGGAUACAGUGUUUUUACAUUUACCAGAGGUGUAUUGUAACAUUUAAAUGGACUUCCCCGACAUCGUCCCCCCGGUUCAUAAAUGGACAAGGGGGGAAUAACAGAAACUGACAACGGAGGGCCCUACGCUGAUGUCGUUUUCAUAUGGUGACAAGCAAGUUCGACUCAACACGGCAGGCUCUCUACAUGCUCAGAAAGAACUCUCGAUGUUGCCUCAUCCAAUUGUGUGGUUGCUAGGAGUGACGCGUGUCAUGAGUCUGCACCAAGGACGUUUUGUUCGUGAAGAUAAUGGAUGAAAAUGAGGCUAACCUCGGGCAGCCAUCAUUCCCGAGUGGGAGCGAUAGCGCGUCUUUUGGAGAGGGGUCAUCGUCGGGGCCAGCAUAUUGGUAUCAAGAGCGGACAGAGGGCUUUGAUUAUGACUUUGUGCCGACCCCUGACCCCAAGUAUGAGUGUGCCAUCUGCCUGCUCAUCCUGCGAGAACCUCGACAGACCAAAUGUGGUCACAGGUUCUGCCGUGGCUGCAUCACAAAAUGGCUGAGGGAGUGUGAUGUCCGAUGUCCUGUUGACAAUGAACCGAUCGACGAGCGGGAAUUAUUCGCCGACAACUUUGCCAAACGUGAAAUCCUUAACUUCAAAGUAAAGUGUCCCAAUUCAAGACAAGGCUGUGAGGUGCUGGCCACUCUCAAGAAAGUUCAGGAACAUACAGAUCAGUGUCCCUUAGCCCUAGUCCCAUGUCCCAAUCGUUGUAUGGACAUACUCCUCCGUAGAGAUGUCCCAAACCAUGUACAGUUCAACUGCCGUCGCAGAAUCCUACAGUGCCAAAAUUGUCAGAAGGAUGUCGCUGCUGAAGGAAUGGAGCAUCAUCUGACGGAGUGUCCGCUCGUACAGGUUGUCUGUCAGUACUGUGGAGGGGACUUUGUCAAACAAGCACUCAGCGGACAUCAUGAUAAGGACUGUCCUACUUAUCCAAUAUCCUGUGACUUCGGACCUCUUGGAUGUUCUGCUCAGUUUGACCGGAAGAUGGAACAGGAACACUACGUGGAUGCCACAGUCGACCAUCAACGCAUGCUCUGUCACGGUGUGGUCACCAUCCUCCAUAAGUUUGGCAUCCAGAGCCUCUCCCCAGCCUCAGUCCCAGCGUUAUCAGGCGGACUCACCCCGAUGGAGAUGUCCACUUCUCUGUCGGCCAUGGGCAGUUACAUCAAUCAGUUCCAAGGCCUCACCAUGCAGGAUCACAGUCAUGUCCCGAACAUCUCCGGCUCACGGACACCAGAUGGACAGUCGGUUAAACAGUUCAACUUGGAUUCCUUGAAAACCAGCAUUGAUCCUCGUCAGCUUCAUCGAAGUAUGUCCGAUACGCUGCCGCAAGCUUCCAACGAGACUGUGGAAGGUGCUCAUGUGAGCCAUACCUCAAAACCCUCUGAUGCUGAGGGUGUGCACGGUGCUCUGUCCUUGCAAGGGGCUUCGGGACUAGAGCUCCAGAGUCUCAAAAACCAGAACAUGUACCAGGACGAAAGUCUGGCCCGUCAUGACCAACAGCUGGUUGAAAUCAAAGCGAAGAAUGAGAUGUUGGAGAAAGCAAACAAGGAACUGAAGUACAAACUACGUUACCUUGACAAUGCUGUGCAGGAGUUCGAAGGCCGGGCAUGCAAUGGACAGUUCUACUGGAAGAUCAAGAAUUACCACAAACUCAGGGAGGAAGCAGAACAGGGCAUCAACACCGCUCUGCACAGUCCUUCUUUCUAUUCCAACUGCUAUGGUUACAAGUUGUGUAUUAGAGCUAAUCUGAAUGGUGUGGAUGCAGCCAAAGGAAGUCAUCUUUCAAUCUUCAUACAUUUCAUGCAAGGAGAUUGGGAUGAGAUUCUCGACUGGCCAUUUUCAGGCCGGAUUGUUCUGUCAGUGAUUGAUCAGAACCCCAUAUGUGAGCUCAGAAAUCAUAUCGCUGAGACUCUUAUUGCCAAACCCAAUUUGGCAGCUUUUCAAAAACCCGUCACGCCAAGGAAUCACAAAGGAUUUGGAUAUAUGGAAUUUGUAGCCUUAAGCGUGCUGGAUAAUGCAGACUUUGUUAGGAAUGAUACACUUAUCAUUAAAGCUCAAAUUAUCCCUGCAACGUGAGCCAGAUUCCCAUAUUAUCCUGUGUCUUCAAACUUAUUUGGGUGUUGACUGGGAUGCUGUGCUUCUUUUCAGGUUCAGCCUCUGUAUCGAGGAUGGAGGUUCAUGGACAGUAUGGUCCUAAUCCAGGAUAAGCACUUGAUGUGUUUUGGGGUUGUUCUUUAUUUUAUUGUAUUUGUUAUUUUUGUUUGUUUAUGAAGAUGACAAGAAUUGACACAUCAGAAUCACUAAGAUCUAAUAUCCUAAUGACAGGCCAAUGAUGUCUUAAUCAAAGAUUUUAUAUGAAUUUGAUUUAGAGGCUUUUGUGGUCAUAAUUUAAAAAUUCAAUGUAAAACAAUUUGAGGGGACUAGCAGGGUUUGAAAUAUAUAUAACUGCCUUGCUGUCAUCCGGACCCUAAGAUUUUACAAACUGCAGGGUCUGUCUAAUAUCUUUAGACUCAAUAUUUGCGUCUAAGUUGAAUGAAACCUAUUGUGACGAGGUGACAAAUAGUCACAAAUAUUGUGAAACAAAGUAUAGUGACAAAUUUAUGUUUUUCAAGUCCAUCUUUCAUCCAUUUUUUUAUCUGUUUCCACGAUUUGUGGUGCCUGUAAAUAUCUCCAGAUCCUAAAUGAACAACGAACCAAAAUUUAUUUAAAGAACUGCAGCUCUUUGCAACAUAUAUAGCAACAUGUGAAUUUACUGCAGACUGUACGGAUCCAUAUAAA